AAUCACAUAAUUAAUCCCCAAAUCAAUAUAUUAGAAAAACAUAUCCUAAUAAAUAAGAGAAAACCCUAGUUAAUCUAUGGGAUAAACAAAAUGCCAUAAUAAAUCUCAUAUGCAACUAGAGACAUUAGUAUCACCGAACAUAAACCGCCAUCGGUGAAGAGUAAAUAAUGAAGCAAGGACGUGGCCAUGACUCCAUAAUAAUGAAGCAAGGACGUGGCCAUGACUCCAUAAUGGUGGUCCCACAUGGAAUAGAAUUCAUCCUUAAUUCGCAAGGUCCGGUCAGUGGUGGAGGCGUGGAGCAGUUGUUGGUCGGUUUGGGGUCCAUCUUCCAUUACUAAAUUCCUCCUUUUACUCUUAAACACUUCCUUUUUUAAAAAAAACAAGGGUUAAAUUUCUGUUUUGUUGUGGUUUGUAUCAAUUUGUUUACCAAAAAUGCUAGUCUUUCAGUCUCUCUCCUUCCCUUUUUGCCUCCUCACAAACAAUUGUUUCAUUGCUGUAAUGAUGCUCUCAUUUGUCUGAUUUUGUGGCCCUUCUUCUCUAUCUUUCUAGUUUUCUGGGAAUUCCAUCAGUUUUUCCUAUCUUUUUCUGCUAUUUUAUUUGUUUUAUUUUUGUGGGAGUUGAAAAAGACAUUGAUGUUUGUGAUGCUUCAUUUUCAAGCAAGCUGAUUCUUUUUAAUUUCUGAAAAUACCCAUAAAAAAAAAAAAACAAAAAAAACCCAUCAUCUUAGCUUCUGAUUUAAGCUUAACCUCUAAAAUCCCAGUUAAUUUCUUUUUUUUUUUUUUAUCUUUUGAUUUUAUACUCAAAGCUUCAAAUUCAAGCUUAAAUCAAGUCAUCAAAGUGAGCUCAUUAGUUUUUUUUUUUUUUUUUUUUUUUUUUUUGACAAAGAGUGAGCUCAUUAGUUGAUAAUUUAAUAUUUUUUAAAAUUUACUUUAUACAAAGUACAAAAAAAACGCAGAAAUUUUUUACACCCAAAGUCUUAAUUUUAAGAUAAACCCAGUUUCUAUUUUGAACCCAAAUCAUAAAAAAAAUCAUUAGUUUAUGAAUUAAGACUGUAUUUUGAAGCUUGAGUUUGAUGCAAAAAAUGGCAGAUAUUGGAAAGUCAGGUUCAUGGAGAGAGGAACUAGCUAGCUUAGUAGAUGAUGGGCUCAGAUAUAAUAAUAACAAUGGCGAUCCAUUUGUAGCAUCUCCAAUUCUAUCAUUAGAUAAUCCAAAACAAUUCAAUUUCGAUGUUCAUUUCGAAGGAGAUACAAGGGAACAAGAGGAGGAUUUGAAAGAUCAGAUCAAAGGGUUUGCUAAAGCAUGGGGUGAACUAUUGUUAGACCUUUCUAGAGGGUGUAAAGACAUUGUUCAACAGAGUUUAGUUGCUGAGGAUUCUUAUUUUGUUCAGAAUUUCGGACCGCCUUUAGCUAAGAUUUCUAAUAGAUUAUGUUUUUUGAAUGAUUAUCUUCCUGAGGAUCGUGACCCUGUUCAUGCUUGGCCUGUGAUUUUUUUCGUUUUCAUCCUCGCUUUUGCAGUACUGAAUGUAAAUAACGCACACCAAAAUCCAGCUCCAAUUGUGAAGAAAAUGCUUAUACAUCCUCCUAGUGCUAGCACUGUACUACUUCCUGAUGGUCGGCAUAUAUCAUAUCUUGAACAGGGUGUUUCAGGCAACAGAGCUAGAUUUACGCUGAUUUCUCCACAUGCGUUUCUUUCUUCAAGACUUUCAGGUAUACCUGGAAUCAAAGCCUCCCUACUGGAAGAGUUUGGUGUUCGUUUGAUAACAUAUGAUCUUCCUGGCUUUGGUGAGAGUGACCCUGACCCGUCACGUAACCUCAACUCAUCAGCCAUGGAUAUGCAGCACCUUGCUAAUGCUUUGGCUCUGAAAGAUAAGUUCUGGGUGUUUGGACACUCUAGUGCAGCAAUGCAUGCAUGGGCAGCAAUCAAGUUUAUCUCAAACAGAAUUGCAGGUGCAGCAUUUGUUGCUCCUAUGGUUAACCCUUACGAAUCGAGCAUGACUAAGGAAGAGAUAAGUAAGACAUGGGAAAGAUGGGAGCAAAGAAGGAAGUUCAUGUUCUCCACAGCCAGGAGAUUCCCCAGCUUUCUUUCUCAUUUUUAUCGCCGAAGCUUCUUUUCUGGAAAGCAUGGAACACUUGAGAAAUGGUUCUCUCUGACACUCGGGGAAAAGGAUAAGGCUUUGAUUGAAAAGGAGAGUUUUAAAGAAUUUUGGCAGAGGGAUGUGGAAGAGUCUGUCAGACAAGGUCGUAUGAAAUCAUUCAUUGAAGAAGCCGUGCUACAAGUUUCAGACUGGGGUUUUAGCCUUGCAGACUUACAAAUGAGGAGGAGGUGCCCGGGUACAGGGAUCCUUCCAUGGCUGAAGUCCAUAUACAGGCAAGCAGAAUGUGCAUUAACUGGAUUUUCAGGGCCAAUACACAUAUGGCAGGGCUUGGAUGAUCAUGUUGUACCACCAUCUAUGGCUCAGUACAUCAGCCGCACCUUACCAGGCACUAAUUUGCAUCUGCUUCCGAGUGAAGGUCACUUCUCUUACUUAUACUUCUGUGAUGAGUGUCACAGACAAAUACUGUCCACACUUUUUGGAGAUCCACUGGGUCCCUUGGAUUAUAUUACAGAUCCAAUAGAUACAGACCAGUCUCUGGCUAACACACCUGAAGAAGACGCACCUGGUGCUAAUCCCUCGCAAGAAUGACACUUCAUACCUUUUUUUUUUUUUUUACUUUUUCACCAAUACUUUUUUGUUCAGCACUCUGGAAUUGCUUAUUUGAUAGAGUAACGUUGUAAAUAUGCUAGCUUGCUUGGCCCUGUGGAGUAACGAAAUGAGGCUUAAUUGCUACCCUCGCUAAGAAUCCAUAGCAAUAUAAAUCAGAGAUGGUGCAUUUUGGUUUGUGCUGAAA